UGUCACUUUCUCGUGGCUCUUCUAGGGUUUUAUUGCAUUUAGCCGCCAACGAAAUCUCUGGAUCCUGUCGUUUCUUGACCUCUCAGACGACCGCGAAAUCAGAGAGGGAAGGUUAGGGAGAGAGGGAUAGAGAGGCGCGUGUCUCCCACCUAACUCCCGAAGAUUCAGCUAAAUUCCCCCCUUGUUGUGAGAGCCCUACCUGGAAUAUAAGACCAGAGGUUUGGGUUCUAGGGCUUAUCUUUUCGAAUUUGAAUGUACAGAAACGGAUUCUGAAUCACUGUGAUAUAGUGAAGGGGGAGGAGGGAUUUUAUUGUUAAGUAAUUUAAACGUAGAUGUUCUGAGAGUUAUGAGAUUUCCUUUUGUAUAUAGUGAUGAAAAUAGUGUUCUUUGCAAUAGAGGGGUUGAAGUGAAAUUGUUUUGCUUAAGAGGGUAAAAUGCCAUCGACUUCCUUUUCGAAACUGAGAACUGCCAUCCAGAGGUCGCUUGGAGUGCAAGAAGGUAGGCUCCAGGACUCGGUUGAUGUGGUAAUUGGGCAAGGGAAAUCGUUGUUUGGCAGUUCUAGGUUGUUCCAUUCUUUAUCAUCGUCCGCUCCUACGGACCUGCACGUUUUGUUACGACCUGGAACUGUAUUUGCUGCAAGAUCGGAGUUGGUUAGCCGAAGGAGGAAUAUAUCUGUUGUUGGAGCACUUUCGCGUACUCUGUCUAUUCCAUCUGUAUCUGGGCCUUCCUUUCAGAUCUGUGCGUACCACAUUGAUUGCGUGCUUGCUGAACCUGGGAACUUUAUAGUCAGCCGCAAGUUUCAGAAUAAACCUAUGGCUGCUUCUGGUUCCAGAGCUGUAUUGAGUGAAUGUUCGUUAGAUAUUUUAACUUCAAGGCAUAAGCACCUUCCAAUACCGACGAGUAGUGCCAGUACCUAUUAUGCCAACAGAAGUUCCGAGAGUUGCAGCAAAGCUAGCAUGAGUUUGAAAAACCAUGAGCAACCCCGCGACAAUGCGAUUUAUGGAUAUUUCAUGUAUAAUGCUGCAAAGAGGUGGUGCAAUUCUCACCCAUUCAUAGGGUCAGGACCAAGAGAUUUUCAUAGCACAUCAUCCACAUGUUUAUCUGCUGGGACUGCUCCUGAUGUGACCUUUGAUAAUUCUGCUCGGGAGGAACAGCUUGCAAAUUCUACAGAUUCAUCUGAACAGAAUACCUUGGCAGGCAAAACCCUGAAACUACUUUCAGGUUCAUGCUAUCUGCCUCAUCCCGAUAAGGAAGAAACUGGUGGGGAGGAUGCACACUUUAUUUGUGUUGAUGAACAAGCCAUAGGGGUGGCAGACGGUGUUGGUGGCUGGGCAGACCUUGGUGUUGAUUCUGGAAUGUAUUCACGGGAACUCAUGUCUCAUUCAGUAACUGCUAUUAAAGAGGAGCCCAAGGGUUCAAUUGAUCCUGCUAGGGUCUUGGAGAAAGCUCACUCAAGCACAAAAGCCAAAGGUUCCUCAACGGCAUGCAUCAUAGCACUCACAGGCGAGGCCCAGGGCAUUCAUGCAGUUAACUUAGGGGACAGUGGCUUUAUGGUGGUCCGAGAAGGAUGCACCAUCUUUCGAUCCCCUGUGCAGCAGCAUGAUUUUAACUUCACGUAUCAACUGGAAAGUGGAAGUAACGGCGAUUUACCUAGCUCUGGUCAGGUUUUUACGGUUCCAGUUGCUCCGGGAGAUGCCAUAAUUGCUGGCACAGAUGGACUGUUUGACAACUUAUACAACAAUGAGAUUACUGCAGUCGUGGUUCAUGCCAUGAGAGCUGGCUUAGGGCCUCAGGUGACAGCUCAGAAGAUAGCAGCACUUGCACGUCAACGAGCACAGGAUAAAGACCGGCAAACACCUUUUUCCACUGCUGCUCAAGAUGCUGGGUUCCGCUAUUAUGGUGGCAAGCUUGAUGACAUCACUGUUGUUGUUUCAUAUAUCACGAGUUCUAGCGAUGUAUGAGUCUCUCUCUCUUGUGUAUAUACUAUUCUAUAUUUCUUUUUCAUUGUUCAUUGAGUCGGGCUUUUUUAGAAUCGAAAUAGCAUUUCUUGGUUUGAGUUGGUAUAUGCUUAAUUUUAUUCUC